UGGAACUAUUAAGUCGUGGAAGCUGAUGCGCCCGGAAGAAAUAAACAACGUACCAGGGUAAAAUCCUGCUGAAUGACCCCGAAGAAAAGCUUGAAAUAUGAAGUUUUCAGACUGAAACGAAGAUGCUGUCUGUUGCUUUAAGAAGAAGCGUCACUGCAACACCGAGGGUUUCCCUCUGGACUCGUUGUCCUCCAACAUGGCGGCCGUCGUCCCUGACCGGAUCGCCAUUCUCCUCCAGUUUCUUCCCGGAUGAUUUCGGACGACUACAACCUCAUGGUUUCACUUCCGUCACCCAGAAAACUCCGCGUUUGAACGCUUUCAUCACAUCACAACAUUUCCACUCGUCUGCUGGGAGGCUGAAGAAACGAGACCGACCGGAACCGCCUCCCCGGGAACUGGACCUGCUCCGGUAUGACAUGAAACACUUGUGGGAAGGUCCGAAGCCGGCGCUGUGUCUGGGCUUCGCCGGGCUCAUCCCCUUCGUCUCCCCGCCUCUGAUCAUGGCCGCCACAGAGACGUUUUACCCGGAGCUGGCCUACGCCCAGCUGGCCUACGCCGCCGCCAUCGUCUCUUUCCUGGGCGGCGCCCGAUGGGGGUUCGCGCUUCCCGACAGCAGCCCGGCCAAACCCGACUGGAUCAACCUGGCCAACAGCGUGGUUCCGCCGCUGUUGGCGUGGGCGGCCAUGCUGUUGAGCGACAGCCUUGUUCCGGCGGCCAUGACGGCCAUCAUCGGACUCGGUGUUUCGCUGCAUUAUGACCUCUCUCUGCUGCCGACGUAUCCCAGCUGGUUCAAGGCGCUGCGCACCGUCCUGACUGUGACGGCGUUCUUUUCUCUGCUCGGAACGAUUUUAAUGAACGGAUCAUUUCCAGAGAAGUAUUUUUUCUGAACCAUAUUUAAUAUUUUAUGUACAACAGCGUAUUGGGGCAGAGGAGGAGGAAAUUUCCACCAGAAAACUCAGAAAAUACCUACUGGAGAGAGAAAAGCAUAGAAGUUUCCACUAGGUGGCACAAAAAUGCCAAAUUUUCAUCCUGAUUUCACUAUAUUGGGUUUAAAUAAAGGAAAACAAUGAUAUUCUUUGCUUAAUGUUUUAAAUAUCUAAAAUAAAAAAGGAUAUUUUUAUUAAAUUAAACAUUUUAUUAAAUUAAACAAUCAUGAUCUAAAUAAUUAACUUGUUUCAGACAUAAAUGUAAAUGAACAAUAAUUAGCUUAUGUAGCAGCUUUGACCUAAAUUCAGAGUAUUCAGUUGGUGAACUAUGAACUUUAAUUUUUAUUUUUUGCCCGAGUUGAAUUCUGAGAUUUUCAAAGCGUGAGAUAAAACCUCAGCGACAUACAUCAUCGUUUCUGUUGGCAUUUUCAAUAAAAAACUGUUCACAACUUAA